AUGUUCCGCAUAGCAGAAAUCCAGGAGUUGUCCGAAGCAGAACAAUGGCGGUACGUUCCUACAAAAUUAAAUGUUGCGGACUUGGCUACAAAACAAACUAGUAAUCCAGACUUUACUUGGAAAAACCCUUGGUAUAAGGGACCGAAGUUCCUGUAUGAAGCAGAAACUUGUUGGCCAAAUAAUGUUGGCGUACAGAAAUAUAACGAAGAUGCUGAAAUCAGAAAGCAACGAUUGUUGGUGGCUCAUGUAGCAGAGGAGGAACCUCUCAUAGAUGUCUACCGAUUUUCAAAGUGGGAACGUUUAGUUCGAUGCAUGGCCUAUGUGAAAAGAUUUAUGUCUUUACUAUCAACUAAUGAAAUGAAAAAGAAGAAAUCUGUAAACCAAUGCUUGUCAGUUGAGGAACUGAAAUGGAGUGAAAAUUUCUUGUACCAAACAGCCCAGUUACAGGAUUACAAGAAAGAAAUGACUGCAUUAAGUAGAGACGCUAAUAUUACUCUUUCUAAAAGUAGCCCUUUGCGAAAACUUUCACCAUUCAUAGAUGCACAGAAUGUUUUAAGAUUGAAAGGUAGAUUAGAUAAAGCCGUAUGCAUCGCUGAUUCAACCAAAUUCCCAAUUAUACUAUCAAGGAAAAACUACAUAACUAAGUUGAUCGUAGACUGGUAUCAUCGAAAAUGGAAACACCUAAAUCAUGAAACGGUGGUUAACGAAAUCUUUCAGAAAUACCACAUUCCGGGACUGCGUAGACUGUUAAAGCAGGUAAGAAAUAAUUGCCAACAUUGCAAGGUUCGCGAUGCGAGACCAAAGCCGCCGGAGAUGAGUGUGUUACCAGAAGCACGACUAUCAGCAUACUCCCGACCAUUCUCACACGUUGGAAUAGAUUAUUUUGGCCCGUAUACUGUAACAGUAGGAAGACGCUCAGAGAAGCGCUAUGGCGUCGUUUUUACAUGCCUUACGUGUCGAGCAGUGCAUUUGGAGAUAGCUUAUAGCCUGUCAGCCAGCUCGUGUUGUAUAGUGAUACGAAAUUUCAUAGCCCGAAGAGGAGUGCCGAAUGUCAUCUAUAGUGACAAUGGAACAAACUUAACAGCAGCUGAAAAGGAGUUACGAGAAUCAAUAAGAAACGUGGACUUCAAUGAAUUGCAAGCUGAAUUUACAAGUCCGGAAACACAAUGGGUUUUUCUUCCACCAGCUGCGCCGCACAUGGGUGGAGCGUGGGAGCGGAUGGUGCGAUCCAUAAAAACAGUGUUAGGAGCAAUAAUAAGCCCGCAAGCAAAAAUUAAUGAUGAAAAGAUGCAUAACCUGUUCUGCGAGGUAGAAUCAAUCAUAAAUAGCAGACCGCUCACUUAUUUGUCGAUUGAAACAGCAAACGAAGAAGCGUUAACUCCGAAUCAUUUCUUGUUGGGGUCAUCUUCCGGGAACAAGCCGCCGGGGAAGUUCGACACUAACGACGAGCACGUGAAAUCCUCCUGGAGGCAUUCGCAAUACCUUGCCGAUCGGUUCUGGAAAAAAUGGAUACAAGAGGUGCUUCCAACGAUGACAAGACGGACGAAAUGGUUUGGUAAGAUAAAACCCAUCGAAGCAGGUGAUGUCGUCAUUAUUGUUGACCCAAAUUCUCCUCGCUACACAUGGCCGAAAGGAAUUGUAAUUAGUGCCAUUAAAGCAAGGGACGGGCAGACCAGGAGCGCCAUAGUGCAGACUACUCGAGGGCAAUAUCAUAGACCUGCUGCAAAAUUAGCCGUAUUAGAUGUUCGUGGAGCGGCAGUUUAG